AUGUCCGUUCUUCAACUGGAAGAUCUCGUCUCUUACCAGCUGCGAACAAGCUAUCUCAACGACAUUGCCGACGGCGUGGGUGAGCGCCUUCUCACAGUCAACGAGAGCUUCAUCAACACCGCGCCGUUCAAAGCCGCAGGAUGGCGUCCGACGUCGAGCCAUAAGCGGACGCAUUCUCCCCCGAUCCCCACGGCGAUUGCUUCGGAAUACUUUCAGGCUCCACGCUUGCUCGGCUUAUCGCUCGAAGAUGGAGAAGAUGACGGCGGCAUGCUGACGCACGGCGGCGCCGACACCAUGGGCCCCGGCAUUGCAACUAAGAGGCGCAGGCGCCGCGAGCAAAUGGAGGAGGACGACAGUAGCGAUCUCACCGACGAGAGUGAGGAAGAACAGGAGCAGCGCGACGCGCAGCGAAUAAAAUUCGCCAAAAUGCCCCUACGCCACCGCGCGGGGUCGUCGCCGCUGCAAAACACGAGUCUCAAGCAGCCAUUUGGCAGUACGUCGCCAAGAGCGGUGCGCCGCGGCUCGCAGUCGGCGCUAGAAACGGUCAAGGAGCGGUCACGAAGAGAUACAGUCACCAGCAGCGAAAUUUCUUCCGAGAGCGAAUUUGACAUGCCUCAUGCGCAGAGGCACCGGGAGGCGGCACGGGCAGCGGUGCGUACGUUGAAGCUGCAGGACAGAAUUAACGAGGAGCCUAUACCCGGCAUCAAGCGCGCCGACACAACGCUCCUGCCAGAGGAAGAAGAAGACUCGGAUGAGGGGUCUGAUAUUUCAGAGGACUAUGUCGAAAGUAUCGACUCGGCGUCCAUUCUGAACACAGUCGACAACGGCUCACCAACGCAGCCAGUCGUCGGUACCCCUCCGCGAAACUACCGCAGACAAUCGAUGAUACGAAAAUCACAGCUCCCGUCCGAACCCGCAAAGCUUUCGGCCCUACCGCCCCCUCGGCCCCUAAGCACCAUUCGACCCCUAAGCAUCAUACAGCCAUCAAGUUUACUCACGCAGGGGUUGAAAGCGAAAGAGCACAAAUCAACAAUACCUUUUCAAAAAUUCGCGCAUUAUAGUGGCCAAGGAACGCCGGGAUCCAUUGCUGUUCGCAUAUAUCCAGCAUAUUCUAAAACAUCAAGCAAGCCCUUUGAGGUGCCUAUCCGGCCACGUGUAAGCGAUGGGCAAGGCGCUGAACGAGCCGUGACGGUUGCGGAUCUCAUCGGUCUAAGCUUGUAUCGAUACAACGAAGAGAAGAGAGAGCCUCGUCUGCCGCGCGACAAGCUGAACAUAAAUUGGUGGACUCUACGAAUGGUGGAGGAGGGUGGCGAAGUAGACGACGACUUCCCGCCAUUUGAGAGAACGAAGCCUCUUGUUUCGUUUACAACUGUUCAUAAUGCAGGACUGAGAGGUGGUGGCCGCAUGCGUUCCAACUCGAGAGCCUUUGACGACUUUGCUCUAGUGCUCGCUGACGAGGACGAGUAUGAAGCGAACAAGAAACUCACACCACAAGACGACGAAGAGGUGGCACCGCAGUCCACUCCUGCAAACGAUGCAGAAGAAGCCCGCAAAUAUAAUCUACAGCCUGCUGUCGCCGCAACACAGCUCGGAGCCAAUCGACCUCGGCACAAUCCUAUUGUCACGACUACGUAUCGCCCCAAUACGCCACUUGCCGACGCGCCGCAGACGCCGAACAUCAUGCCGAAUACCAACAGAGGCCAGCAGAAACUAUUGCGCGUGCAUAUUAUGUCUUCGGAUAUUGUUCCCGGACAAAUGGUUACGGUUGAUGUGACGACGGACACAUACCUGGAAGAGGUUCUGGAGCUCGUGUGCCGUAAGAGGCAGCUUGACAAGGCCAACCAUGUGCUCAAACUGCCGGGCUCUGGGGCUGUGGUGAUGAUUGACCGGCCCGUCUCAUCGAUUGGCAACGUGUCGGACCUGGAGCUGUACCGGCGGCGCUUCGCGACGGACGGCCUGCUGACAAUGGCAGGCUCGCCGAGCAGCGCAUCGCCGCGGCCCGGUGCCGCGACGUCGCUGCCCGAGAGCCACACGCUGCGGCGGGCCAACAACAAGCAGCGCGGGGCAGGCCCGAUGUUGGGGGUGCACCCGCUGGCGCGCGAGGCGCUCAAGCAGGACGAGCUGAGCAACGAGGGGUACAGCUACACGGUGUGGCGCAAGCAGCCGAUGCGGCUGGUGCUGAGCGAGCGGCUGCUGAUGAUUGACGGCGAGUAUAUUCACAUUAAGCCGGCGUCGGGGGGCAAGGCGCUGCAUGACAGCACGAGCAAGACGACGACGGUGCAUUUCAGCAACGUGAUUGGGUGCAAGGUGGCGCGAAAACACCCGACCAAUUUCAAGUUGGUCGUGUAUAGAGCAACGGAGACGAAACGCUAUGACUUUGAGGCGCGCAAUGCCGACGAGGCGGCAGAAAUUGUCAGCGAGCUGAAAAAGGGCAUUGCUCCGUACAACCCCGAGGUGUGA